ACUGUAGUAGUUUUGUUCUAUUGUUUGGAUCGCUCGCGUCUUGUGUUGCUGCUAAUUAAAACACGAUUGUAGCGAAUCAGAGUUACGCAUUAAUCGUGUGAGAAACAGCUUUGACAAUCAACGCUUCUGCAUUUAUAAUUGAUACAACUGGUAAAAUGACAGAUUGCUCUAGCGAAGUUGUGGAUCAACCGCCAGAUCAUCAUGUGCAUUUUGAUGCCGCGACACUGAAGACUGAUGACUUUGGCUCGGAUAGCUGUGUGACGUAUCAGAGGUCAGGAGAUACAAUUGCGAUCAGUUUGGGAUUUCUGCAGAUUAAUCACAGAUAUCUGAUUGAUCUCAAUCUGCCGGUGACGUUGUUCGGCAACAAAGGAACGCCGGAUUGUAAAUUUGAGCCGGUUGUGAGUGCCACACCGAAUCUGCAUUGCAGAAUUACGGAGUUCACCGGGACCAAGCACGAUGAGCACGACUUCUAUGAGAUGAAGAUCGAGUUUUUUGCGUACAAGGAGAAACUGUUGCGGGAAAUGCUGCACAUCGUGAACUCGAACAAUGCCAAGGAGCUGCUGAAUCUGGUGAUUGCGGCACGUGUCCUGGGAAAGGGCAAGGGAACGCCCAUGUUGCGCACCGGCAUCCAUUGCAUAGGCGUCGAGCGGGAUGACGAUGAGUCAGAGUCCUCCGAUUUCUCAUUCGACAAGCCUUAAGACGGUCCGGACUUAGUUUUGGUUUCUUAGUUAUGUGCAGUUAUUUGCAUAGUAUUUAAGUCAAAAUAUUAUUCAUAAUAUAUAAUGUUAACUUAUACCCAUGUACACGUACUCCAAUCAAUCUAUGUAUUUGUCAUCCAUAGAGCCUUCAUUUUUGGUUACCUGCCUUCCGCAUCAGCGUGUAUCUAAACUGUAAGCAGAGUCAUUCGAAAAUUUAUUCAUUUAUUUGUUUGUUAAGUUGUAGCUUAAUUUAGUUGUGAAAUGCAAAUUAAAGCAGAGUCAUGGCCAAUUUCUACAUUGAUUGUAUAUUCGAAUCAAAUUGUCAAUUCUUCGUAUUGAUUUCAGUUUUGUUUGUUGACGGUCCUUGUAUUAACAUUAUUAUGUAGUAGUAUUAACUCAGUGGUGUGGUGAGUUACCCCGUUUUCCCUUUCCUGACAUCAACUUGAGAUACAUUGUUCAACAGAUAGAUAGAAGUUAUAAUUAUAUAAUUUUUACUUGCUUUCCUGGCAAACCAACUACAUUUAAAUACAUUUAAAUUCGCAUUUCUGUUGACCAAAAAUUAAAGUACUCCUUAGAAAACAAUGCUCAAUCUAACACUCUGAAAACUUUGACCAAUUUGCAGGCCUUUUUAUAAUGAUUAUAUAGUAUAUAAUGGUGUAUAGAACUUAUACUCAUACACACAGAUCAAUUAACAAGUGAAUCAAUAUUUAAUCGAUUUAAGGUGCUCUACUUUAAAUAAAUGAAAUGUUUAUAACAAUUAUUAAUAUACAUGUUAGCAUUAAAGAGUUGCAACCAAAUAUUUACUAUGGGCAUUUGUUUAACAAAUUAUGAAAAGCAAUUUUUAAAAAUAUAUAAAUGUUUAUAUUUGAAAUGUAUUAUAUGCUAUAAAACACUUCUUGAACAAUUUAUUGUAUAUUUAAUUAUAUAACACACUUCUUGAACAAUUUAUUGUAUAUUUAAUUAUAGUCAAUCGAUUUCGAUGUUGUCUAGUAUUCAAGUAGGCCAAAACAACUCAUUCAAUAAAUUUUCGUUAAGAGACACAAA